AUGGACACACAGGUGCAAAACUUCUGGAAAGAAAGCAUCACAAAAGAGGAUCUGCUAAGGAUGUGUUGGUUGAGACAGUUCAAGGGAAACCUCAGCCAGCCACCAGAAAGAGAAAUUGUGCGUAAGAAGAUACCCACGCUUCCGCAUAUACCCCUCCAGACCCAAGAACCAAAAGCACAGGAAAAAGUGGCAGCCCAAUCAGCGAAGGAAAAGUGCAAAAAGCCGGCAGCUGAGAAGAAACCAGCAAAUGAGUCUUUGAGUGACAUGAGGCCAGUCAGCCCUGAGGUGCGGGAACUGUUGUACGAUGGAUUCUCAAAAGAGGAUAAAGGCAGAUACCUAUAUCUAAAAGCCCGAAAGAAGAAAGGCCCCAGUGAGAAAUACGAGUACCCUCUCACUUCCUCCUGGAAUUAUGGCUGGAAAAUAGAGGAAGAUGUUGAGUACAAGAAACCAAACUUUGGGCGGACGGCCUUAGUGGAAACUGCUUUCUACCGAAGAAACGGGAUCUUCCCUAAACCAGAAGCUUUAAAUUGA